GUUAUGGUUGCCAGAACUGACAGAUUGAGACUACACCUCUCUCAUUCUUUCCUCAUACGUUCUCACCAAUCAACCAUGCUAAAAUGAUUUCUCCCCGUCAAACCCGAACUUGUUUCCUUUCCCUUCGACACCCGUUCCUCCAGCGUCCUCUCCAGUAGCGAUAUUCGCCACGCCCCUAGAGUCUCAAGCAUCAGGGUACCUCAACAUGUCAGAAAAUAUUCCCAAUAGACUCUGGCUCAUGACUCCAGCGAGACGAUCGGCCCUGGAAACUUCCUGUCCCAACCUCUUGGCUGCCUUUGACGCGGGCUUCCUUCACAUCGCAACGAUACAUCACCAAAGCACUAGCGACCUGCAAGACUUGGUUCCUUAUACUGAAAACGGGAGUGAGACUAUCGCAAUUUUCCUUUACAAUCACGACGCCUACUUCAGCCAUGACACUGGUGACGCUAGUCUCAUGUUGGUGGCUGCCCCCGGCUUUAUGCUUCAUGCGACCAUAAGAGACGGCGCCAUACAUCCGCAACCACGGUUGGAUCCGAGUCUGUCGAUUGGGGCGGUUUGCAGGACGAUCGAUUUUGGCGACUGUGGCGCCGCCUGUGUGAUUGUGGAUAGGAAUGGUCUCAACGAACUCCCUUGUGAGCUGGUAGAGAUUGCGGUGUUGGAUUUGAGGCCCGGGGCACGAGGACGUACCUGGCGACGGGCUCUGGCUGCACGUCUGAGCUUGAGGGCACGAGGACGCACCAGGCGACGGAUUAUGGCUACACGUCUGCGGACUCUGGCUGCACGUCUGAGCCGGCCAGCGUGA